AUGAGUGGAACUGAUUCAGCCUCCUCAUGCAAAAUCACUCUGAAUCUCUCAGAUAAAGCUAAACAAGGCCAGCCAGAAGUAACCGGGUAUUGUUUUAUUGAUAAAUUUGCUGAAGAACAUCACAAGGUAUAUAAAUUGUAUAAAAUGUAUCGAUUGACACUCAGCUUCUGGAGCGUUGAAAAUAUAAUAAACGCUGAAAGACUCAAGGAUAUUGAUUUUAGAACAAGUCCAGACAGUCAUGCUGUGACCGAGUUAAUGCAAGAGGAAGAAAACUUCCAAAGAAAUGAUUUUGAACUGGGUGACAACAGUGAGCCUACUAGUGUUGAAUUUGAUAAAGAAUUGUUUAUUGAAGAAGUGAGGAAAUACAGGUGUCUGUGGGAUAUCAACUCGAAGGCAUACAAGCUAUUAAGCAAAAUGCAUGGGCCAAGAUUGGAACCAUUUUCAACAAAGAUGGUGAGUUUUAUAUAGUUUAACAAUAUAGAUUAAAGAUAAUAAGUCUGGGUUUGUUCCUAUGUUUUGUUCCCAAGAUAUUGUUCCUAUGUUUUGUUCCACCAUAUGUUUUCAUUAUGCUAAGUACGUAGUUUCCACAUGUGACAUGUGGAGUGGUAGACUCUAUAACAUACUAGGAUGGAAAUGCCCUGGUAUAUCGACAUUAUAUAAAAUGUUAUUGUCAAAAAUGAUCUCCAUUUCAAGUACAGCAAUAUAUCAAUCACAUGGUUCAUUAGUAUGUGUGAUCUGAAGUGACAUUUUACAAUAUGUAUUACGAGUGAAGCAAGAUAUUUUGAAAUGCCAGGUCUGUAACAAUUAAACUUGUGUGAAUAAUUUUCUUGGGGGGGGGGCUGUCCCUCAUAUCUCCCUGCACUAUUUCAUUCCUGUAUACUGAUGCAUUAUGGUGUUUAUGCACUUUAUGCUAUGAUUGCUCUCCUCUAGUAUGUCUAAUGCAGUUAAUUUAAAACUUCUGUAGUUUAUAAUGCUCCUAUCUUUUUUCAGUCGAGUUCUUGCAAAGACAGCUCAAAAAUCUGAAAGAUAAUCUGAAAAAAUGCUUAGAUAAACAACAAUGAAUGACAAAGUCUGGUGCCGCAGUCUCAUCAUUGCCACAAUAUAAAUAUUUUGAGCAAAUGAAGUUCCUCCAUGAGAAAACUGCAAAUCAACCAACUGAAAGUAAUUUAACCUAUUCUGUUCAACAAGUUACACCAGCACUCUUGCUGAUACAUGCAAACUGCCUAAUUCAAGACAGUCUACUGCUGGUGCUACAAAACGAAAGGGCGGUGAGAUGUUAUUCCUCUUUCAAGCAGUCGGCAAUGUGGAGGCCCUUUUGGCUGGUGACAACUCUGACAACAAGGACGAGGACUUCAACAUGAACAACAGUCUGGAAAUAGACAAACUUCGUCGUUACGACAUGGAAAACCAAGCAACAAACGAACAUCAACAAAACACUGAAUCACCAAACACUGGCAAACAACAUAUAAAUGAACCUAGUAUGGAACAAAACAUUAAUGAACAGACUAUGGACAAGACUUAA